AGAGAUCAAAAUUCAUCAAGUCAGAGAGAUAUCAGUACUUUUACUCCGUGGACCAAACUUGCAUGCUGUCCAAUUCCAAGGCGUAUUUUGAAAUAAUGUAACUUUUCUGGAAUGAUGCUGAGUUAACCUGGCAUGAACACAAUACUUGAGUGAUUCUUUUUUGUCUGGACUCUAUGAAGCUGGUGAUACAGAGAUUGACAAAAAAACUACGCGCAGCUUGUCAUCAAAAACCCGGGAGUGACUGCAGGAUGACGAACCGUGAUAGUUGUAGCCUUUCUGAUCUGGAAGAUGAGGAGUGCUGGAACUCGCUGGAGAAGUACCGCGUCCUUCUGAUCAGGACGAUCGAGCCGUCGCGCAUCAUCCCGUACCUGCGGCAGUGCAAGGUCCUCAGCACCGACGAUGAGGAGCAGAUCUUCAACGACCCCAGCCUGGUCAUCCGCAAGCGGAGAGUCGGUGUGUUGUUGGACAUUCUGCAAAGGACUGGAUCUAAAGGAUAUGUGGCCUUCCUGGAGAGCAUAGAGCUGGAUUAUCCAGAACUCUACAGGAAGAUAACUGGCAAAGAACCCGCCAGAGCCUUCUCCAUGUUAAUUGACACAGUGGGGGAGUCGGGGCUGACCCAGUUCCUGAUGAGCGAGGUGACCAAGCUGCAGAAAGCCGUGCAGGAGGAGAAGAGGAGGAGCCAGGAGCUGAGCUGUAGCCUGGCUGCCCACGAGGACACCAUCAAGCAGCUGCAGGUGAAGGACAGCGAGCUGCGCAAGCAGCAGGAAAGGGUGCGCAAGAUGAAGGAGGAGCGCAACGCGUUUAGCAAUGAGGCCAAGAAGCUCAAGGACGAGAACUACGGCCUGCUCCGAGAGCUCGCCAAGCAGAGCGAGGAGAAGAACACGGUGCUCAUGAAGAACCGGGACCUGCAGCUCGAGAUUGAGAAGCUGAAGCACAAUCUGAUGAAUGCAGAAAGUGACUUCAAGGUGGAAAGGAAGCACACCAUGAAGUUAAAACAUGCCAUGGAGCAGAGGCCCAGCCAGGAUGUGAUCUGGCAGAUCCAGAAAGAAAAUGACCUGCUCAAAGCCACAGUCCAGGAGCUGGGAAAUUCAGUCCAGGUGGGGACGAAUGGGAAGGUGGGGAAGGACAAGCUGUACAUCCAGAUUCUGGAGGAUGACAGGCAGCAGUCGCUGGCAGAGCACCAGGAGCUGGUCAACCAGAUGUACAACCUGCGCAGAGACCUGCGACACGCAGAGGAACACAGAGACAAGUACAUGGAGGAGAAAGAUGUUUUGGAACUCCAGUGCAUGAAUCUGAAGAAGGACUCCAAGAUGUACAAAGAUCGGAUUGAGGUGAUACUGCAGCAGAUGGAGGAAGUGACUAUAGAAAGGGACCAGGCCAUCAAGACGAGGGAGGAGAUCCACCUGCAGUACUCCAAGAGCCUGAUUGAUAAGGACCAAUACCGGAGGCAGGUCCGGGAGCUGGGGGAGCGCUGUGACGAGCUGCAGGUCCAGCUGUUCAGGAUCGAGGGGGAGGUGCUGGUCAUGGAGACCAAACUGCGCCGGGUCAACCAGAACCCCCCCACGCCGACUUCAGAUUUUGAUGACAUUUCACCAAGAAGCUCACAGGAUCAGAUAAACCCAGCGAGUCCAGAUGAAGAUCAACAACAUGGAGAUCGGCCCCAGGGUGUCGUGUUUCUGGAGUGGGAGGUAUCCAGAGAGUCCGGCGACAACAGGGUUUCAGCGGAGAAAAGUCCAGCGAAUGGGGCCCCAGCAGAAAAGGAAAGGCGGUGCAUGAAAAAUACUUUUGUGACUAGGAGAAAGCUAGCUCUAAGAGUAAAGAUGGGCACCAAACAGGAAGCAGCAGACCAAGACAACACAACAGGAAGUGACAACACAGAUACUGAUGGAACAUGACGUCAUGAGAAAUUGCAUUCAAAGACACUGGUACCUGCAUUGUAUCUGAGAGCCUUGGUGUGUGCAUCAGUUGCUCCCGUGCUCGCUACAAUACAGUGAUGUUGCUGGCCUGGGGAAAGUUGUCAGAUGUCGGGCUCAUUUUGGUUUUCCUGAUGUACAUCUUGUAGCACCCAAGGGUCCCUGGCCUCUAGUUUGGGAACCAUUUCUGUAUCCAACACCUUUAAGUGCCAUUGCAUAAACUGCAUAACAUGGUCAGUGUUUCUCUCAAAGGGUUCCAUCGUGAAGAUUAAAAACACCAGAUCAAUGUCUUUUCCCCCACAUUAGACUUUUUUUUUUUUAUAAUUAAGCUUUUUUGUUUUAUGGUUUAUUAUUUUAUUUCACUAAAGUCUGUUAUCCUAUUUGUCUAUUUUGCUGGUAAUGUGAUGCCAGUCUCCUGCUGAAAAGUACUGUACAUCUUUAGGUAUUUAAGUUUUCCUAAUUAAUAACACACAAUAAAAACACUGUGUGCAUUUAAUAUAUAAUAUAAUGCUUCAGAUUUGCUUUGUCCUGUUCUGUAGAUGCCCAUUAGUUGUGUACUGUGUGGUCCAGUGGUUAAAGAAAAGGGCUUGUAACCUGGAGGUCCCCGGUUCAAAUCCCACCUCAGCCACUGACUCAUUGUGUGACCCUGAGCAAGUCACUUAACCUCCUUGUGCUCCGUCUUUCGGGUGAGAUGUAAUUGUAAGUGACUCUGCAGCUGAUGCAUAGCUCACACACCCUAGUCUCUGUAAGUCGCCUUGGAUAAAGGCGUCUGCAAAAUAAACUAAUAAUAAUAAUACUUUCUGUUUUUAAUUUGAUCUUUUUGAAAAAUGUUAGUUGGUAAUAGUGCCACAACAUAUUAUCCUGCCACAGCACUAUAGAUUCACUCAGUUUGUUGCAAGUAGGAUCACACAUGUCCCUGUUUUCCCUGGAUGGCCCAGGAUUUGAGGAAGGUGUCCAGGAAUUCAAUAUGCCUUUCCAGGACACUAAAUGCCAGCACCAUAAAUUGAGCACAAGUUAGAUGCAUUAGAAUACAAUAUUAUUGUAAUAGACGCUCAAUAUUAAUUGGCUGUCAAUACUACAGUAGUAAUAUUAUCAAUGUUUUCUAUUGGGAGAACGUAAGAUAUCUAAAGAGAGCUUAAACCUUUAAAGUUAACAACCAUCAGUUACAGACGAUGUCCUAAUAUGGAGCGCAGGAAGUGAAUCUGCAGCGUGGUGAUGGAAUGGGGAGUAAAAGUGAAAAUAAAAAGUUUGGAAAACUAAAGGAGCCAAAGAAAAACUAUUGACUUGCCAGAAUGUUGUUACAGCGGUGCUUUUUAUUAUUGUUAAUUAUAGAUAUAAUUAUAGAUAUAAUUAUAGAAACGGUUUAUUUAUUUAGUGUCGUUGAAUUUUAAUAAACAACGGACAGCCUGCCUUUUAAACACCAAUAGACAUUUCAAGCGUUGUGUUUUAAAAUGAACAGCCGCUUUAUCAUGUUAAAUAACGCAGAAUAAUGAGAAACUGCAUUUACAGUCGAAUUACCAGUCUGUAACCUCAACUCCACUAAAGCAGGCGGCGCACACGCUCAAAGAUAGAAGGCCCGAGUAGUACUGUACUAGGAAGUGAUGAAACUCAUUGAGUAAUCGGUUUGUUGAAACACGAAGGUUUUAAAUGCAGUUAAAACGGAGCUAGGAAAGCCGUAUCUAAGCUGCAAUGAGGCCAAUUGUUUGUUGUUUUGCACGCCGAACAUCCGCGACAUUCCUCAGGGUCGGGUCUUUAAAUCGUUGGGAAAAUGUAAACACGCUGCACGUGUCAAACUGUCAGGCUUCACGUCACAAUAAUAACAAUACCAUUACCAGUUUUUAUCAAGAAACUCACAGAGAUACAGAUGCAAGAAAUGGGACACGUCCAGCACAGACUGGGAACAGAACAAGGGAAACCCGAGUUCUAUCGUCCAUUCUAAACAUAUCUCAACUUCUGCAGCUGUCAGAAGCAGUGAGGCUGUUGGGAAGAAGAUACACUCGACACACUAUCAUGUACACGUGCAAGGUGUGCUCGACCAGAUCCACUAAGAAGAUUUCCAAAAUAGCCUAUAAGAAUGGUGUCGUAAUCGUGACGUGUCCCGGCUGUAAAAAACACCACAUCAUCGCAGGCAACCUUGGGUGGUUUUCCGACCUCGAAGGGAAA